AUGGGAGACCAUGGGGAUGAAAAGAUUCAUGAACAUGAGAUAGGGGAGAAGCUGGCUUUCCAGCAGUUUUCCAGCAGAUCCUUUGACUUCAGGAGUCCAAAGGGACUUUGCAUGCAGGGCUGCCCAUCAGGGACCUUCAAGGCCAGCCAAGGAGAUGAAGGAUGCGUCCAUUGUCCAAUUAACAGCCGGACGACUUCGGAAGGGGCCACGAACUGCGUGUGCCGAAACGGAUAUUAUCGGGCAGAUGCUGACCCUGUCGACAUGCCAUGCACCACCAUCCCAUCUGCCCCCCAGGCUGUGAUCUCCAGCGUGAACGAAACCUCCCUGAUGCUGGAGUGGACCCCACCACGAGACUCAGGGGGCCGGGAGGAUCUGGUGUACAACAUCAUCUGCAAGAGCUGCGGGUCGGGACGCGGGGCGUGCACACGCUGUGGGGACAACGUGCAGUUUGCCCCACGCCAGCUGGGUCUGACAGAGCCUCGCAUCUACAUCAGCGACCUGCUGGCCCACACGCAGUACACCUUCGAGAUCCAGGCUGUGAAUGGGGUCACUGACCAAAGCCCCUUUUCCCCGCAGUUUGCAUCAGUGAAUAUCACCACCAACCAGGCUGCUCCUUCAGCUGUGUCCAUCAUGCACCAGGUCAGCCGCACUGUGGACAGCAUUACUCUCUCGUGGUCUCAACCUGACCAGCCCAAUGGAGUCAUCCUGGAUUAUGAGCUGCAAUAUUAUGAGAAGAACCUGAGUGAGUUAAAUUCAACAGCAGUGAAGAGCCCCACCAACACUGUGACAGUGCAAAACCUCAAAGCUGGCACGAUCUACGUCUUCCAAGUGCGAGCACGUACCGUGGCUGGGUACGGCCGGUAUAGUGGCAAGAUGUACUUCCAGACCAUGACUGAAGCCGAGUACCAGACCAGUGUCCAGGAGAAGCUGCCACUCAUCAUUGGCUCCUCUGCAGCAGGACUGGUGUUUCUCAUUGCUGUUGUUGUCAUCAUUAUUGUGUGCAACAGAAGACGGGGCUUUGAACGCGCCGACUCUGAGUACACUGACAAGCUGCAGCACUAUACCAGUGGCCACAGUACGUACCGUGGUCCCCCGCCAGGCCUGGGGGUCCGCUCUCUCUUCGUGACUCCAGGGAUGAAGAUUUAUAUUGAUCCGUUUACCUACGAGGAUCCCAAUGAGGCUGUCAGGGAAUUUGCAAAAGAAAUUGAUAUCUCCUGUGUGAAAAUCGAGCAGGUGAUUGGGGCAGGGGAGUUUGGUGAGGUGUGCAGUGGGCAUCUCAAGCUUCCUGGCAAAAGAGAGAUCUUUGUGGCCAUCAAGACCCUGAAAUCUGGUUACACAGAGAAGCAGAGACGGGACUUCCUGAGUGAAGCCAGCAUCAUGGGGCAGUUUGACCACCCCAAUGUAAUCCACCUGGAGGGAGUGGUGACCAAGAGUUCCCCAGUCAUGAUCAUUACAGAGUUCAUGGAGAAUGGCUCGUUGGACUCCUUCUUGAGGCAAAAUGAUGGGCAGUUCACGGUGAUCCAGCUGGUGGGCAUGUUGCGUGGCAUUGCAGCAGGCAUGAAGUACCUGGCUGAUAUGAACUACGUGCACCGGGACCUGGCUGCCCGCAACAUCCUGGUCAACAGCAACCUGGUCUGCAAAGUGUCCGACUUCGGCCUCUCCCGUUUCCUGGAGGAUGACACCUCUGAUCCCACUUACACCAGUGCACUGGGUGGAAAGAUCCCAAUACGGUGGACAGCACCUGAAGCAAUUCAAUACCGAAAAUUCACAUCAGCCAGUGAUGUGUGGAGCUAUGGAAUAGUCAUGUGGGAGGUGAUGUCGUACGGCGAGCGGCCUUACUGGGAUAUGACCAAUCAAGAUGUGAUAAAUGCUAUUGAGCAGGACUAUCGGCUGCCACCCCCUAUGGAUUGUCCAAAUGCCCUGCACCAGCUAAUGCUUGACUGUUGGCAGAAGGAUCGAAACCACAGACCCAAAUUUGGACAGAUUGUCAACACUUUAGACAAAAUGAUCCGAAAUCCUAAUAGUCUGAAAGCCAUGGCACCUCUCUCCUCUGGGGUUAACCUCCCUCUACUUGACCGCACAAUCCCAGAUUAUACCAGCUUCAACACUGUGGAUGAAUGGCUGGAUGCCAUCAAGAUGAGCCAGUACAAGGAGAGCUUUGCCAGUGCUGGCUUCACCACCUUUGAUAUAGUAUCUCAGAUGACUGUAGAGGACAUUCUACGAGUUGGGGUCACUUUAGCAGGACACCAGAAGAAAAUUCUGAACAGUAUCCAGGUGAUGAGAGCACAGAUGAACCAAAUUCAGUCUGUGGAGGUUUGAUAGCGACAUGUCCUCGUGCUCCACUUCCUUGAGGCCCUGCUCCCCUCUGCCCCUGUGUGUCUGAGCUCCAGUUCUUGAGUGUUCUGCGUGGAUCAGAGACAGGCAGCUGCUCUGAGGAUCAUGGCAACAGGAAGAAAUGCCCUAUCGUCGACAACGAGAAGUCACCAAGAGGUGAAACAAUGGAAAACAAUGGAAAAAGGGAACAAGAAAAGACAGCUAUUUUGAAAACAAACAAACAGUGAAUUAUUUUUAAAUAAUAAUAAAGCAAUUGCAGUCUUGAAAAGGGCUCCAAGACCAAUGGGAGUCUUCAAAGGAAGAAAAUAGAGCAGCUUCAUCUAUUUCCUCUUGCACAAGGGUUGCUGCAGCUGGGCCCAGACACCUCUGGAGUAAUGAGACUUUUCAAGAAGAUGAAUGGAAAGAAUGGUCACAAGAAGCACUUCUCUUUCUCACAUGGGAUGGCAGCUCUGGGAAUGCCCAGCAGUCCUUCCUGAAAGCCCUGUUGGCAAAUCGAAGAGGAGAGCUGAAGCUCUUUGGUGCUGUGGAACCAAGUGCAUCUCAGAAAUUGUUGGACUUCUACAAAAGCUGAAGACAUUCUUUUUUUUUAAACAAGUAAACUGAUACUAGAAGAGGCUGUUUCCGUCAAAUGAGAAGGAAUCUGUAACACGGGGGGGGAGGGGGUUGGGGGAUGGGGGAAAUCAGUCCUUUUUACAUCUCUUUAUUUUCUCUUGUCAUGGAACAGUUUUGUGAGUGACAGUUUCCUAAGGGUCCGUCCAUCCACCCUCCAAUGGCAUCAUUGUUUCAUACAUAUCAUAUGCACAAGACUUAUAGUGAUGUCCUCACUCGAUGCCAAUGAUCUUUCCCCAGAAGACUUCCCAAGUACAGUAUGUAGUAGAUUUUGAUUACAAAUGCUGAUGUGUACCUUUAUUUUUCGGUUGUCAUUGUUGGGAGAUUCGUCCUUUUACCUUGCUUUGUUAACACCAAUAUGUGAGUUUGGGGUUGGAAUUUUUUUGGUCGAUUGGGGUGGUUUUUCUUUUUUAACGAAAAGGAAACAACAUUUCCAAGCAUCAUAUCAUUCAAGAACUUAAAUCCUUUCCUUGCGGAAGGAAAAUUGCUUAUUGACAAUAUGCCAGGAGAAAAAUUUUUUAUAUGCACAUUUCCUCAUGUUUGCUUGUUUGUUAUUUUGCAAUUCGUUUCGACCUGACAGGUGUUCCCAACUGUUGGGUUUCCUGUUGUCUGAUGAGAUGAAAUGAUCACCUGCUCAAUUCAGGGUUGUUGGUGCAGUGCUGAGCAGUAUGAUGGAAGGGUUAUUGCUUUUGUUUUAUGGAGGGGAAGGAAGGAUGGGAGGGUAGUUGUGUUCUGAGUGGGAAUGAUGGCUGUCAGCCCCUUGGAGAUGUCUGCUUAGAAACAUGUCAAGGUUGGUUGGUGCACACGGUUUCUAGCUGCAAGGUUGUGGGUGCUUUGUACCAUAACCAAGCUCUGUGGCAGUGCUUUGUGCCCUUUGGACACACAGUCCCUUUGUUAGGCAAUGCCCAGUUGGCUCAGAGCAUCAUCUCAGCCCGUUGCCUCUAGGAUAGCACAGGGGAGCAAACACUGAGUCCAGGUCUCUGUAGGAAAGUGCCAUGGUUGAAGCUCAAUGACCAGCUGGUGGGUUUAUAAAUAACAGAAAGAAAUACUUUAGUUACUGAUAAAUACCACCAAGCAAGUGCAGGGCAAAUAGAAAUUAUAGUAAUGGGAUUGUUGUCCCCGUUCAGCACCACCUCAUGUCUCCUGGAACAUGCUACCAGCCUCCAUGGCAGGGUUCAGCUGCCCACAUGUGUCAUAUUUGCACACAUCUGAACCUGUGUUGAUAAACCUUCCUCUGCCAUUGCCAUGUCAUUCAUAGAGUCCUGUGCUCAUGUUCAGCAGCAUGGGGUGCUGGAAGGCAUGCACUGGGAGCUGGUUUGCUGUGUUCUCCAGGAGCUGAAUCCAAGAGGAAGGCUGUAGAUGGAACUCCCUGUUUAGACCUCAGUGGCCAGACAUCACUUUUCUAGAUAAGUGGCCAUUUAUAAAGUACUCAGCAUUUCCCGCUUUCAGAUCAGAUGGGAAAGCACAUAUAAGUGGCAGCAGAGCAAUUUCCUGCAACUGAGAGUUACUUCUCUGCUAUCUCCUUUACUUGCCCUACUGCCUCCUUCAGGGCAGAAUCUGACGUAGAGAGAGUUUGGAGUGAGUGGACAACAGGCAUUGUAUGCAGGCAGGAGCUGGACAUUUCAGCUGCCCUGUAUGCGGUGUGUGUAGUGUGUUAUCUAGCUGGAAGGAUGUUUUGAACGCCCUUGAAUUCAGAAAGCACUGCUCCAGAUCAUCAAAUGAACUCAGUUUAAAGAGGAGGAUGCAAAAACUGACGGUGUCAACUAAACAGAGUGCUUUCAGAGGGCACACAGGGAAGGAAGAGUCUUCUCCAAGCCACCCGUCCCAUAGAACUGCUCACGUGGGUGUCUCUGUCUUGCAGUGUAGUGGCUGUAUUUUAACAAGGAGCUGUUGUCAGCUCCCAGAGGCAUGGCUUUCCCAAAGGCAUGGCUUUCCCAGAGGUCUCAGAAUCGUUUUGGUGACAGUUGGGGCUGAGGGAAGCAGGGUGCCAUGCCAACCCUUCUAGCCACAGCCAACCACCUACUUUAUGUGCAAGGGAGCUUUGCAGGACAAGGAGAGCUGUCUGACUUGAAAACUCACCAGCAAAUUCCUAUGGGGCAACCAUGUGGAAGGAGCACGUGAUGCCCUUCAGUUGUCUUUUCUCAGACAGCUCUUGGCUGUUCUCUGCCAUCAAUGCAUGCGUGCUUAUACCACGGAGGAGCAGUGGCCAAGCAGUGUCCUAUCAGCCAGUGGGGCUUGGAAGGACACUUCAGGUUAUUUGUCUCAGUGCACUGAAUCUCCUCACUGAACUGCAUUAAACACAUCUACCUGCCAGACCCAACCCACUGUGAAAGAAGGGACCACACAGAGCUCAGUGCCACGGCAGCUGUCUGCAGGAUAGAGAAAGCACAUCCUUAUCUCUUCCUCUGACCAAAAAAAUCGCAUGAUGGCAGUCCUACAAUAAUACACUCCCAUCUAUUUAUAUCAGGCAUUGCUGCGACAUCUGUCCGUGUUUGUACAGGACUAAUGGAGAAUGAGACCUAAAAUGGAAAUGAUCCAUAAAACACUGCAAUUUUCUGCAUCCCUACAGCUUUCCAGGGAGGAUGAGGAACCGAGUUCCUGUUAAGUACUUUGGUUGUAAAUUAUUCUGGUGCAUGCUCCAGUGGACAGCCUAGUCACUGAAGUGACUUUAAUGUUUAUACUUCAUGGGUAUCAAAUGUACUGCUAUGAAAUAUGAGUGUAAUGGCAAAAUUCAACAAAUAAGAAGGGGAAAACGGGGAAAAGUCACUUGCUAACAUUUACACUGUGAAAUAGUUGUGCAUAUGCAUGUGUGCAUGUGUGAAUACUUAACAAAGCUCAUCACCAUGUUCUUUUUCAGGCAGCUUGUUGCAAUUUUCACAUUUUCCCUCCAUCUUUCAAGCUACCUCCAAGACCUCUUCUCCUCCACUGUUGCCCACUGCCAUCUGCUGCCGAGGCCACGUUUGUCCUGUGAUGGCAUCCAGUAGAAGAGCUGAGCAGGACGCUAAGUUGAAAAUAUGUUAGUUGGCCAAGUUCAAAUCACACAGAGUCUCAUGAAUAUGUGGGUAGUAGAAAGGUAAAGGAUUCACCCACGAUACUGCAUUUUAUGGGUCACUUUCAGCCCUCUAAUUAACAGCAAAGGGAAAAAAAAUUGAAAAAUGAACUUAAAAGGCACAGCACUGCCAUGAAUUACUCACCAGCUGUGGCACAGAGCACUACAGGCUGCACUCCCCCUCUACAAAUUAUCUCCCUUUCUCCCCUAAAACCCCAGAAUUUCAUGAACUCGUUGUAGAUUUGCAGCUUGCAGCAGAUGAGGAUCUGUUUGUUAUCAUCUGGUUUCUCUCCAUUGUAUCCUCACUACCACACAGUAGAUUUCAGUCUCUCCAUGGGGUCCGGGUCAGUGUUGCUGUUCCAGGGUCUGGCAGUUUUGUUCAAAGGCAGAACAUUUUAUCCCCCAACUCCAUGGCAGCCAUGGUACAGCAAGCCACCAUUUUGGUGUUGUUGGACUGGUUGGCAUCAGAACUUGCACUCUGCUGCAUUAUUAACAGCUACGUCCUCUGAUAAUGCAAUAAAUCUGUGUCUGUCUCGGAUUUAUGAAUCCAAAAUGUGUGAAGUAAGACAAAAUAUGUUUUAGUCUUUUCUUUUUUUUUUUCAUCUCCCUCUCUGUGUGUCUGACUUGAGGCUGAUUUAUUGUAGGUCUUUUCCAUCUUCACAUUUAACAAGCUCUUCACAUACAGGAUUCAGCAUUUUGCCCUUCAGAGUUGUAAGAACAACUGAUAUAGCAUCAGCUUCAUGGUUGCACUCUGUGGCAGUUAUCCAGUGCAGAUAAAAACACCCUAAAAUUUACCUUCUUUGCUGUGUUCCACUCCGAUCUCUUAGAGAAACUGGUGUUUGGAGUGCUUUCAGCUCUAGGAUCAACAAUCCUUUACUCCCAGCAAUUAAACUGAAUUUUAUUCUGGGUGGUCCUCACUGUUCGAAGAGUUGGACUCGAUGAUCCUUAUGGGUCCCUUCCAACUUGGGAUAUUCUGAUUCUGACGUGUCCUCAGAAUGGCAGCCUUCUUCCCUUGCAUUAUCUACUUACAGCCAUGUUCUGUAUGGUGUCUCCAGUCCAUGAGUUGAGCAGCAGUGCCGUCUGCUUACAGUGGUGGGUCCACCGUGUUCACAAUUCAGUGCACUUCUGCCACUGGCUUUUCAUGAGCAUUGACCACAAAAAUUAUCUUCUGUGCUGCUGAUUUCAUUUUGUUAUUGCUGAGAGCUACUGGAGUUCUCCUGCUAUGCAAAAAACCUGAAUAUCUGUAUUUCUUUUUCGCUUCAGACACAUUUUGGGCUCAUCUUUAGAAUUCUUCAGGGUGAGUCAUCCAUCUCUGGGAUGAUUUUGCUUCUUGUAACCAUCGAACCCUUCCCAGAAAGAGAACAUCACUUCUGUCCAUGUUUACUUCCAUGUGUGAGGCAUUCCACAGUCCUCCAUGAAAACUCCCUGCAUCAUGCAGAUAUUUCCUCAAAUCUGAUUUAUUGUUGUGCCUCUGUGUUAUUUCUACACUGUCGAAUGUUAGCUGUACAGAUUUAGGACUAAAAGCGAGACAUCAUCUCUGCCCUCAAAUCUUUGUUUGUCUUAAUUUGUAUUCUCCACUGCCCUACAAAUGACUCAGCAGCUUCUCAUCGUUUCUCUCAGUUCUGUAGGAGAUUUGCACUCCUCUGCAGCCCUGUGCUUUGUGGGAUAGCAGCACACACGUCGUAUGGUCUGAUCCCUGACUCAUUUCUCCUCUGGCAGUUGGAUGUUCACAGUUCCCUGAUUGUCGUUCAGAGCACCACGAGACUUAACUGUGUGCCUCAUCUUUUCCACGAAAUCCAUUCUACCUUUGUGAAAAAAAAAAGAAAAAAAGAAAAAAAAAACUUAAUUUGAUCCUUUUCCAGUUGCCAAGUUCAGGAUUUUUUCAGUUACUUUAACUGUAGCUUCUACCUCUAUGUCCAGGGUCAGUCUUCAGCUGUUGCACAGACAGCAUUGUGUCCCUUGGCAGUCCUCCUAAAGAGGAAAGGAAUACACUUUUUGGAGACAUCAACAGCCAAACAGCUGUGUUAGCAAAGCUAAUGGAAGGAGAGCAAGAGGGACUCAAAAGAAGCAUGACAGGCAAAUCCCUCUUUUGCCCAAAAUAUCUUUCUUCUGUGCUGCCCACUCAUUGAUUGUGGUCUGUGGUCAUCAGGUUGGCUUAAGAGGUUGGGGGUCAACGUUGUACCCCCUCUGAACAGUUCCUUGGGUAUGGUGGACACCAGCCUGGGGCUGAUGGUCUGGCAAAUCUGCACUCUUGCUUGGCCUUUGCUUUUGGAGAAUGAAUGCAAAGACUCUGAUUGCUAACAAAUGCUAGCACUCAGCCUUCACAUGAGUGUUGUUAUGAGCCCUGAGAUCUCUUGUGUGCUGAAUUCUCGAAGGGAAGAAACUAAGGGAGGCAGAAAAGGGCAGUAGGAACAGCCAAAAGUCUUUGGAGGUAUUAGAUUUUGAAUUUAGGUCUGACAGAGGUAAACGAUAAGAAAUUUCAUGCCAUUAAAUAAGAUGUAGCAAAGGUGAGUAGGAAGGAGCCACCAUUUCUCACAAUAAACAAAUGCAGAUGAAGUGAAAUAUUUUCUGACACAGAGCACAGUGACUGAAUGCUGGAGCUCACUGCUGCAGGAUGCUGACGGUAAGAACUAGAUUCAAAGGAUGACAAAUUUGUUUAAGUAAAAUCUGUGUUAGCUUCCUCAACACAAAAAUACCUCUUCUGUGCUUUCUGGGACACAGAUGCCACUGGCUGCCCAGGGAGCUGUGGGUGCCCCAUGGCUGGAGGUGCCCAGUGCCAGGCUGGAAGGGGCAACCUGAUCUGGUGGGGACAACCAGCACUCAGCAGUGUUGGAAUCUCUGCACUGGAUACUGGCUCAACUUACAUGAGCAGUCUCCGUUGGUUGCAUGCUUAUCCAAACAUGAGUCCAAAUGGACCCAUGCACAUUGCCUCGAGGAUGAAAACUCAGGAAAGGAGCCAGGCACAAGCUUCUAAAACAGGUGAAGAGGUUUCAAUGCAAUGUUGUCAUUCAGGGCUGGGCUGCGUGCAUGCAGUGAAAUCCCAGAGGCAUCCAAGAGCAGACACUGAGUGCUGGGGCCUCCAGGACAAGGUGCAAACAGGUGCUGAGUGCAAGGUGCAGUUAUUGAGUGCUGACCCAGUUCCAACGCUGGUUUUUUCCUCUUAUGUCCUGAGGACAACUUAGCUGCCAACAAAACUCUUGCCACUUGGGAUACCUUUAUAGCAUAAAUAAGAGCUACUUGACACAGGCAAUGAUUAAUUUCCCUCUUCAGUAUGGCCUACAGAUCCCUGCAAGCUAUGGGAAGCUUACAGGGGCUAAGGAAAGGCACACAGUGCUUGGUGCCCUUGUAUUGCCUUCAGAUCUGUCUUGCUUCACCCCCGCUGAGACUCAUCUCCAGUGCAACUCUGCUCUUUCUGCUCCUCUGAAAGGGAAGAACCAGGGUUUUUCUAGCUGAUCCUUUUAUGAAUUCUCUUAUAAAUGACCGAUCUGGAACUCAAGAUCUGGAGUUUUCUUUUAAGCUGUUCAAGGAAAUAAGCCACCCAGCUCACCCUUCCCUGGAUCAACAUGUGCAGAAUGAACAGACACUGGGACAAACCAGGGACUGGAUGUUUGCUUCUCUUCCUUCACUUGUAGAUCCACAGAAGCUUCAUCAGAAGGUGCUCUGCUGAAUGCCCUCCUCUUGUGACUUCAUCCAUCUUGCACACUGUGAUCCUUACAUCCCUUUUCUUUCCUAUUGCUUGUCCCCUGGCAUCAGCUAUCUCUGCUCUGCAUGUUUUCCUUGUCCUCUGUCCCUUUCCCAGUACAGGAAGGCUGGAUGGAUUGCUUAAGUUUGGGUCAUCUCCAAGGAUUCCCCUCCUUGGGCCUGGCUCAUCACAUCUCUGCAGUAAACCUGUAUCCAACUGCAUUUCUUCUGAUGAAAACAUCCCACUCUGCCUGUCCUCCUUGGAAACAUCAUCUUCACAUCCCAGAUUUUCCUGGAGGAAGGAGGAGAAAUUUUUAUGAAACUGAGGCAAGAGUGCUAGGCUCAUUGGUCAUCAUUUCCAUGGAACAGUUAAAGGCAAAGGGCCCAGCCCUACCUCUUACAGCAGGUAAAUGAACACACCCAUCAGUCUGAGCCUGAGAAUUCCCCACCAGUCUUUCAAAAAAUGGUCAUGCCCUCAAUGGGCAAUUGUCGAGGACUGACACCCACCCCUAAGGUCUCUGACAGGAGAGUAUUUACCUGGUGCCUCAUGUCAAAGGGAACCUUCAAGUGCUACGGAGCUAUGCACAGCUCAGCUGUAGGGUUGCUUUUCUUCUGGUUGCUCGUCCAGAAUAAGCUCAACAGGGAAACCCUUCUUAAUUUUUGUGAGAGUGUCCAAUUGAUUGAUGCCAGGGCAAAAAAGUAACAGAUCUUCCUGGAGAAAUGAUCGGGGUGUCCCACAUAAUGUGAUGGCUUGACUUGAUGAUCUUGAGAGCCUUCUCCAACCUAAAUGACUCUGCAGUUCUGUUAGGGGCAUGGUUGAAUUGGUAGUGUUAGGUUAAUGAUUGGACUUGAUGAUCUUCAUGGUCUUUUCCUAAAUGAUCGUAUUCUAUUCCGUGAUCCCCACUCACUUUGCCAAGCUCUGGGCAGGACACAGGUGAGUUGUAACUGGGACGUGAGACCUCUAUUCGAGCUGAGGUGGGCUCAGAUAGUCAAACUACCCUCUGGAGCCCCAGAUAUCUCAUAUCAAUGGGCUGCUGAGGAGAUGAAGAGCUAACACAGAUGCCUGUGUUUCUGUUUUUUAGGGAGGACCUGUCCUAGCUCAACAGUCAAACCUCAGGUUAGCAAUGCAAAGGAGAAAGUAAGAGGGUCUCGGAGGGAAGCCUUAUGCUGAAGUCUGGGAGGUGAGAUUUGUGGGGAAAUAUGACUGUGAUGUAGGGAACUUUGUAGGGAGAUUUUGCCAGGCUCUGAAUUCCUUGUGGCUUUGGAAGGAUCUGGCAGUAUAGGAUGGGGGAAUUAUGUUUACCCUUCAACUACCCCAAAUCAAGCUCGUCUAGUCAACACCACAUCUUACCAUUCCCCCAAUCCAAGGAUCCAUCAGCUGGGCUCCAAGGGCAUCCCCACGCCUGGUUUCCUACUGUUCAUCAUCCUGUGUGUUGGCCAUGGCCCUGCGGACAAUGUAACACUUUUCAUGACAGUAUUUGUAUUUUUUUAAUUGUGAAUGGGGAGAUAGUGUGCAGGUCCUUGUUACACAGGGAUGUGUCUUCCAUUCAGAUCAGGGCUUCCCCUGGCUUCGUCAGAUGUCUAUCGAUGUUACUGAGAAAAAUAAAGAAAGAAAUAAAUCAGAUGUAUUUAUAAAGGAAACAGAAACCCGCUGCUCCAAUGCCUUUGUAGGAGUAUUUUUAACAAAACAUUUUUUCAAAAUAAAUGUGAAUUGUAAAGUUUGAA